ACAAAUAAACCAGAAGAUGUAAAUGAUUCUAAAAUGAAAAUUGAAUAUUUAAACAUGCCACACAAAAGAAAUUUUAUAGAAAAAGAUAGUGAUAGCAGUUUGGCAGAAAACGAACAGGAUGCA